AUCGACUGAUAAAUUGGGGAGUGUGUGUGCACACAAUUAAGACGAUAAGAGAGAAGAAGACAUAGAUAAGUAAAGAUCGAUGAGCUCAGUAGCAAAAGCGGUGGCGGUAGAGGAUGGAGAGUGGCGGCGACGACGCUUGUGGCCGAAACAAGGGAGUGUGUUCCCAAAAGAGAGGAAGUUGGUGAAGACAAUGAUCCUGGAGGCUUUUCUUCCAUCUCGACUUUCUUUCGACUCCAAGCAGACAGUAGAGCCGCCGCGUAUCAAGCGCGUGCAGUCUACUCUCCGGUAGCCUUCAAAUGAUAUUUUGUUGUACCUUAGAAAGUAUUUGGAUUGUAAACGAUAACAAGUUCAAGUAGUAUUUUCCCGUCAUGUGUUUGUGUGUCUCUAUUGUGACAUAGUUUGUGUGUUAUAUGGCUUCUUUAAGACAUAGAUUCGUGUGUUGUUAAUUUUGCUAGUUUCUUUAUGUAUCCGUGUUAAUUUAAAAUCUAUAGUUUGCUACAUAUAACA